GAAUGGAUAACAAAGAAAUGACAUCAGGUAGUGUAAUAUGACGUGAUCAAUAAUAGGGAGAGGUGGAGAAGAACCCCUGGUUGUUGUUCUUGGGGCGUUUUCAACUUUCUUUUAUUAUUGAACUGGAGAGAUAAUCCUUUGAACGCAUAUAAUUUCUAAUUGCAUGAAUAAAAGCAAGGUUGUGUCGCUGCUUGUAUGUAGUUGCACACGUGGCGCCUGCUCAUGCCUCAUCUGUAUUUCAGAGUUUGAUGACGCAGCUAAUUUGCUGGCUGCGAAUCCUGGCGCCACCACCGUGAGCAUCGGAGACGCCGAGGACGCGGGGGGAUACAGACAGCGCCGCGGGUCUGGGGAGGAAGAUGAUUCGCUGGGAAAUGAAGACUCUGACAAGACAGAGCUGCUUGCUGGACAGAAGAAGUUGGCCCCCUUCUGGACAUUUGAUUAUUAUCAAACAUUCUUUGAUAUUGACACUUAUCAGGUCCUGGAUCGGAUAAAAGGUUCUGUUCUACCGAUACCCGGACGCAACUUUGUAAGGUUGUAUGUGCGAAGCAAUCCAGAUCUGUAUGGUCCCUUCUGGAUUUGUGCCACUCUUGUUUUCACAAUAACCAUUAGCGGGAACCUGUCCAACUUCUUUCUGCACCGUGGCGAGCCGCAAUAUCACUACGUUCCUGAGUUUAGGAAAGUGUCUAUUGCUGCCACUGCAAUUUAUGCCUAUGCCUGGCUGGUGCCAUUGGCUGUCUGGGGCUUCCUAUCAUGGAGACACAGCAAAGUGAUGAGCAUGGUGUCCUACUCCUUCCUGGAAAUUGUGUGCGUUUAUGGAUAUUCUCUCUUCAUCUUCAUCCCCACAUCUGUGUUGUGGAUUAUCCACUCAGAGAUACUACGCUGGGUCCUUAUGGCUCUGGCAAUGUGCCUUUCUGGGUCCGUCCUCAUGCUCACUUUCUGGCCAGCUGUGCGUGAAGAUAACCGCAAGGUUGCCAUCACUACACUAGUGACCAUCUUGCUACUUCAUGUUCUCCUAGCUGUUGGCUUUGGGGAAUAUUUCUUUGACCCUCCUGAGAAGGACCACGUGACACGAACGGAGACGUCUCUCAAUGCAACAAAAGGAGUAGCACGGAGCCGCUGACAAAGGGUACCAGCUUGCUUCCCUUGGGUGUUGGGACUGCAUAAAACGGAAGACAAUCCUCAUAAUUGCUUGGUGAAUGGGACUCCUUGGAGAGUUUGCUUCUGCAUCCAUGAUCACUCGUGCCUACAGAAUUUAAAUUAUUUAUUAACUUAAACAGGAUUUUUAUGUUAUUUAUACAGUUAUAUGUUGGUGUACAUGGUACAGAGAAGUGCCUACAUCUGUUUCAUGUUCAAUAGAGUCUACGUUUGUAGAUAGUAAAGAUGUCCUGCUGUCUGCUGGAUUCUGGUGCAAACAUCCAUGCAACAAUAUAUUGUUCCCUAGCGCAAGUGGAUUUUUUUCCCCUCUGUUUAUGUUUCAAAGGGAAACCUUAAAAUAUGUUUACAUAGUUCCUCUGAAAUUACAUUUGAAAACAAUGUAAAUCCAUGAAGUUUAACAUAUUUGUGUUGCUUCUUCAAGUAAAAUAAGGCAAGACA